CCCCACCGCGAUGUCCCGCAGCUCCGCGCCGCCCCGUCCCCGCGUCCGACCCGGGGGGAUCCCGCGUGAGCCGACCCAGAUGCUCUCCCCCCCCCCCUAAAAAACAAAGGUGGGGGGGUGGGGUCCCGCCCCAUUGCAGCCGGAGGAUGGGGUGACCUCGUGGGCGGCGCUGGGCGGUGGGCCGGGGUGCCGGGUGGAGUGGUGACCCGGGGGGGGGGGUCCCUUCCAAGCGCGGUGCCGUGCGAGUUGGGGCGGCGAUGGGCUGGGGGUCGGAGAGGUGUUUUCCAGCUGCAGCGAAUCGCAGGUGGCACAUGGGGACAUCGCGGGGCUGUGCGCGUGGGACACGGACACACCGCGGUGGGGCUGGAUGGUCCCGGAGGCCUCUUCCAAUCUUUGUGGCUCUCGGAGCCGGCACGAUGGGAUGGGCUGAUGGGUGGCCUCCACUGCGGAGGUGCUCUUCCAUCCUCGGUGGUCCUCUGGCAGUGCGGAGGGGGCGGUGGUGGGACCUGGUGAUCUCCGAGGUCUUCUUCAACCUGCGUGGUUCUAUGGAGGUCGGGGCGGUGGGGAUGGCCGGGCUUCAGCCCAGAGGUCUUUUCCAACCUUCGUGGUUCUGUCAUUCUGUAAUUCUCAGGGUGGGGUGUGGGGGUGGGUCGUGGUGGGACUCGGCGGUGGCGGAGGUCUUCUCCAACCACAAAGAUUCGAUGGUGGUAGGAGCAGGCGUGGUGGGGAUGGGUUGGUGGUCGGAUGAGACGGUCCUGCUCCGAGCUCCGUGACUCUGCAGCCCUGUGACUCGUGCUGCAGCCUCUCCGGGGGUCGGGCACAGAACGGGGUUGGGGCAAUGCGGGGUCACAAGGAGCAGCGCUGCCGCGACCCCCAGCCCCCCGCCUCCCCACGCAGGUGCAGGAGUGGAACGUGGAACCCCCCCACCUGAUGCCUCUGCAGCCACCGCUGCUCCCGGAGCGGACGCACGUGAGGGAGGCACAGCUGCACUCAGCCGAGGCGUCGCUGUGGACGGUGGUGGCCACAGUGCAGGCGAUGGAGAGGAAGAUCGACCUGCUGGCCACCCGGCUGCUCAGCCUGGAGGGCCGCUCGGGAACGGCCGAGAAGAAACUCCUGGACUGUGAGAAAACCGCCAUGGAGUUCGGCAACCAGCUGGAGAGCAAAUGGGCCGUGCUGGGCACCCUCAUCCAGGAGUACGGGCUGCUGCAGCGGCGGCUGGAGCACGUGGAGAACCUGCUGAAGAAUAGGAACUUCUGGGUGCUGCGGCUGCCCCCCGGCCCCCGUGGGGAGGUGCCCAAGGUGCCAGUGACGUUUGUUGACAUCGCCGUCUACUUCUCGGCGGAGGAGUGGAAGAAUUUGGAGGAGUGGCAGAAGGAGCUGUACAACAACCUGGUGAAGGAGAACUACGAGUCGCUCAUCUCCCUGGAUGCAGCACUGUCCAGGAGUGACACACAGCCCCGGCUGGAGCGUGGGGACGUGCCCUGCGUCCCCGAACAGCAGGACCUGGAGCAGCGCGAGAUGCCGCCAGAUGCCUGUGGGGAGCCGCUGAUCUCCACCUCCGACAUCCUGUCCCGGAUCAAGCAGGAGGUGGCAUUUGUUGGGGAGCAGCAGUUUGGGGAGGACCGAGGGAUGCCCACCGACCCCUGUGCAGGUGCAGACGCCCUGAUCACAGCUCACGACUUCUUGUCGUGGAUCAAGCAGGAGGAGGAACCGUGCGUCAGGGAACCCUGGGAGCUGCCAGAGAGGGAAAUCCUGCCCGGUCCUGUCCCUGGUCCUGGCCCUGCCGGUGAGGGGCUGCUGGUGAAGAUGGAGGAGCAGCGCUGUCCCCGCGCCGAGCCCCCCGAGGAGGUGCUGCCGGGCGCUUCGGGCGAGCUGCUCUUCCCAGCCCCGAGCUUUGGGACCCCGGAGGGACAGGCGGUGCCGGCGGCGGCCGGGGGCAACGUGGCAGCGCAGCACAGACUGAGCAAAGCGCUGAGCGCCGAGCCGGGGCCGGCGGCCGAGCCGGUGGGCGUCCCGGUGCCGGUGUCGGAGGAGCGUCCGCACGGCUGCGCCGAGUGCGGGAAGAGCUUCAGCGGGAAGAAAAGCCUCCGCAUCCACCAGCGCAGCCACGCGGCCGAGCGGCCGUACCCGUGCGCCGAGUGCGGCAAGAGCUUCAACUGCCACUCGGGGCUGGUGCGGCACCAGAUGAUCCACCGCGGCGAGCGGCCCUACAAGUGCACCGAGUGCGGGAAGUGCUACAGCCGCAAGGAGCACCUGCAGAACCACCAGCGGCUGCACACCGGGGAGCGGCCCUUCGUCUGCGCCGCCUGCGGGAAGAGCUUCAUCCGCAAGCAGAACCUGCUCAAGCAUCAGCGCAUCCACACGGGCGAGCGGCCCUACCAGUGCCCGGCCUGCGGCCGCAGCUUCCGCUACAAGGAGUCCCUCAAGGACCACCAACGCGUGCACGGGGCCGAAGCCGGACCGCCUCCGCCGCCGCAGCCCCCCGGGUUGCCCCCCGGAGAUUAGGGAGGGACGGCCCGCGGCUGCGGACUGAGGGCCCCCCGCCCCCGGUCCCGGGGACACGCGUCGGCCACGGAGCUUCGUACCAAAUGCGGGCGCCCGGCCCCGCCGAGGACAGCCGCUCGCAGCCCCGCGUUCACCCCAACCCCGACAAUCCGGGGAACGACGGGCGGAGCUGCGCCGCCGGCCGUGUUCCCGUCCCCGCCUGCCGCUCUGCCCCCCCGCCCCCCUCCUCGCUGCUUAUUUUUACUCCCCGUGCCGUCCCGCUCUGUACAGUGCUUGGGGUGUCGUUUUGUAUGGACGGUGCAACGCAGAAUAAAGUCGUGCUGGGCUGCCGCGCCUUCGCCCUGGCCCCGUGGGGUCCCCGCUCAAAGCCACCCCAGGACGGUGGCGGUGCCCCCCCAGCCCCGAGCCAGAGCAGGGGCUGGAAGCAGAGCAGCCCCGCAGGGACACGCGGCGCUCGGUGCUGGGAAUGCUGUCCCACAGGUGCGGCGCAGCCCCGACCGCGCGGGGACCCCCGCCCUGCAACCCCAUUUCUGGCACUUCUCACCACUGCAGCGUUCCUCGUUUUCCUUUCCCUCACCGAACUCUUGGCCCCGAGAAUUGGGCUGCGCGCAGAGCCCACCCCUCCCUGCACUCCCCCCCCCGCAUUUCCAAACUGGCACCAGGAAUAAAACCCACCCGGUGCCCGUCUCGCUCCUUUGGCUGCUUCUUGUCUCCCAAAAGGGACCCGUGCUGCCCAGCGAGGACUGCAGCUCCAUCACCCGCACGUGCUGACACGCUCAGCCCCGUGGGGACAGAAUGCCGCGCUGUCACCCCAGCAAGGGCCGCGCACGGACCGCGGGGGGUGGGGGACACUGAGUCAACACAUGCAGUGAUGGCUUUUCUUUCUUUCUUUCCU